AUGACAUCAAGGACACUUUCAACUGCCACUUACGUCGCUCCAUUCGUUCAAACUUCAAAGGUUCUAAUUUCGAAGUCUCCUAGUGAAUUAAGAAAUACUUCUUUUGGUGCUGCUCUUCCUUCAACACUGGUUCUGGCAAUAAAUCACCAUUUGGUGUUGGUUUUGUAUGACAUUGAUAAACGUCGAAAUGAGUUUAUCGAACGUAGGAUUACCAAGGCCGAGAACAAGUUUCUUUUCCUUAUCGUUGGUGCCACUUUUUCAACCAUUGGUGCUACCAAAAUGUUCUUGGAAAAAAAAGAGACUGGUAAAAAGAUUGCUGGUGUCUAG